AUGUUGCAAGAAUCUUUAUUAACAUAUAUUAUAUAUAAAAUAAAAACUUCUUGGGAGUUUAUUUUAUUUGUUUUCAUUAUUUUUGAAUUUUCUUCUACUUAUUCUACUUCAAUAACAACAUUAUCAUCAUCAACUUAUCAUCAUUUUGAAUUAAUAUCAAAUAAUUCUUAUCGUAAUUUUUUUCUAAGACAAUAUUUUAUUGAUUUAAUUAAUAUUUCUCAUUCAUCACUUAUUCAAUCAAUGAUUGUAAAUCAUCAUUUAACAACUAAAUUAGAACAAAUUGAAAAUCGAAAACGUAGAUAUAUAACUGAUAAAUCAUUUUCUUUAACUCCAACAUUUACAUUACAUUCAACAAAUUGUUUAAUAAUAAAUAAUAAUGAAGUUCGAUCAACAUUUCAGUGGUCUCAUUCAAUAGGAUCCUUAUCGUCUGUUGAACUUAUUUAUCAUAUUGAUUUAAUUGAAAUAAAAAAAUCUUCAAUACCUAUACAUAUUUCACUAAAGCAAUCACAAACAUUUAUUGAAUUAUUUUCAAUCGAUACAUAUUUGUAUAUUGAUUCUAUUCGAGAUUUUUAUGUUCUUAACUUAUAUGAUUAUUUAUUACAUAUAAAUAAUCAAAAUAUAAUUAUUGAAACAACAAUUAAUAAUCAAACAUGUCAAACAUUACAUACAUAUAUAAUAAUAUCAUUAUUAAAAUCUAAUCAAUUGUCUUCAUAUGAUCGUCAAAAAACAACAAUAUGUAAAGUAAAAACGAUUCAAAUUAAAUUUGAAGAACUCGGUUUAGCUUAUUUAAUCAUUAGACCAAAAGAAUAUACAUUUACUUAUUGUGAUGGUUCAUGUACAAAUUUAUCACUUCAACAACAAUUACAACAAUCAUCAAUAUAUGAAUUAAUACAAUCAAUUAUUAGGAAAAAAUUUUCUAAUAUUCCUCAAAGAAAUUGUGUAUCAUCACAACUUGCUAAUGAUAAUUUUCUUCUUCGACAAACAGAUGGAUCUGUGGAAAUAUAUCCGAUUAAAGAUAUUAUUGUUAAACAAUGUGCUUGUCUGUGA